AUGGGCACGAGGGACUUGGACCCAACUAUCGUGGCCAUCUUCGGUCAACCCCCUGCCCACAUCAAUCUAGCCGUUAGCCAGGUGCGUCGAGACAAUGCAGCCGUCGUUUCUUUGCUGGUUCUCAGCAUUACUGCUGUGGUUCUUCGGUUCAUCGCGCGACUGGCCGUGCGAAAUCCUUUUCGACUGGACGACUGGCUGAUCCUGGUGUCCCUGGUGCGUGAACAACAUGUGUCGAUCAGAGAUUCGUCUUCAAGUUCUAACAUCAACAUUGCUACUUACCAGGUUUUCGUCGCAGCCACGGCAGGCCUAAGUCUAGCAGGCAGUACAUUGGGCGCUGGAAAACACGUGUGGGCAGUAUCUCUGGCGGAUAUAUCAAGCAUCUUCAAGGUGGGGUUUGUGCGAUACUUUUCAUGCGUAUCAGGUAGCUUACCAGUCAGGUCCUGUUCACAUACACCUUUAUGUAUGCUGCCGGAUGUUCAGCUUAUAAACUCUCGAUCCUCUUCUUCUACCGCCGCGUCUUUGUGGUGGUCCACCAACCCCUCUCCCUCCGACUCUCUAUUCUGUUUGGGUUUCUACUCGCGCUCUCUUACCCCGUCAUUGUCUGGGUGGCUAUGGGAAACUGCUGUCGACCGCUGUCCUAUUUCUGGAAUCAGUUCCUGGGCGCGUCGGGAACGUGGCUUCGUUUGCGUAGCCAGUGCCGUGCGCAUUUACGUUCUCUAUCAAUUCACUCAGGCUCGUGAUAUUACUUGGAUGAUGGGACCGCUGUUUAUCUGGUCGAGUAUUGAGCCAUCCGUGGCCAUUGUUUGCGCUUGUCUCCCCCAUCUCGGGCCCUUGGUGCGUCUCACGCGCAUUCGGAUACUAUCCGGCCAAGGGAGCAAAGGUAAUCACAGGCCCUUCAUCGGUUCUCCAUGGCAGUCGUCGCGCCGUCAUGAAGGGCAGACCCAUUGGCAGGCUGGCAUACAACUUAGCCCACCAAGACACGUAAGGGCCCUAUCCUCUACAUGCGGGGUGGCCGAAGACGAGGUUGGGCUCGCCGUCCAUGGGACAGCUGACAUGACGGCACAGCACACGCCAUCUCUGCGCUCAACAUCGGAAUGCCCCAUUCCAGAUCACUCCAUUGUCGUCCGAUCCAGCUUGGAACAAACUGUCUCUUACCGCUAG